AUGAAUUUGCAGGCCGAAAAGAAGAUGAAGGAAGCAGAUGCCGCUGCGAAGCAGCUCCAGGACAGAGAGCAGAAGGUAGAGGACCAGGCCAUUUCAGCUGUUCGAACGGCGAAGGCACAAGUUUCUCAGGCUCAGAAAGAGGUCAAGCAGAUGCAGGACGAGUUGAGACAGGCGCAGGCAGAUGCGAUCCAAGCACGAGCGGCGCAGGCAGCAGCGGAGGAGCAGGUGGCAAAGGCGGAAAUGCUGCAAGCUGCACAGGCUCAGAGCGACAUCAACAAGGACAUGUUGGGAGCCCUCAGCUCCGUUAGGCGGUCCAACCCGUUGGAGGUCGCCGCAUCUCAAUGA